UCCACUUCUUCCACUUCUCAAAACGCUUCGAAAACAAGGAAACCCUUCCAUUUUCGAGCGAAAAUCAAAGUUCAAAAUAUACAAGUCAUUGUUCGAAACCUCCGUCAAAACACCAUCAAACUCUCCAUCAAGAAUCUGAAGAGAAAACAAAGCAACAAUACUCAACAGAAAAUGGCAGCAAGAAAACAAACAAAAGACCUUAAGUGUGCCACACAUCUCCUAAGUGAUAAGUUCAGAAACAUGAGUGAGGAGAAGAAGGCGAUUGUGAGGGAUCUCGGAUUCGGUGGGUUGAUGCACAUCCCACCACUGAGGGUGGAUCACCAACUAUUAAGAGAGCUGGCAAACAACUUCAAACUUGGGGACAACAGACUGAAAACAGGAUAUGGUUCUUUCCAAAUAACACCAAAAACAAUAGGUCAUGCGCUUGGCAUCAAUGCAACAGGAGAUCUGUUUCCUGAGAAAGUUGAGUAUAAGAAACUUUCUGAUGAUGACAAAAUAAUUUUUAGAAGAUUCCAGGGUAAGACCCUCAAAAGUCUUACCGAUGAAAUGAUGGAAAUCGGCGUUGGCAACGAAGAGGAACGCCUGAUGUUCAAGAGGAUAUUCAUCCUCUAUAUACAGAUGGCGUUCCUUUUGUCAACGACGAUAAACAAAAUAUCGCCUGUGCACUUGGCCCCAAUUUUUAAGAUGGACGGCAUAUCGGAGAGAAACUGGGGGGGGUUUUAUUUACCUGAAUGCUGCUAG